AUGAACAGCUUUACGCUAAGAGGCCGAGAGCACCCCACCCCCCGAGGGGGCCCAGUGGGGCCACAGGCGCCAGGCCCCGACAAGCAGCCACCGGGAGUGAGCCGGUGCAUACCUGAGCGCCCCGCCCCGGACACCAAGAACCACCAACGCACCGAUGUCGGAGGGCGUCAGCCACCGGCAGGAAGAGCAAGGCCUCGUCGGAGAAAGCGGGGGAAGCGAGCCGGCCUUCACGUCCUGCUCCGUCGUCUCCGGAAAGAGAUGGACCUUCGGGGGCUCUAUUCCUGGGUUGCUACCGCCAAAACCAAGUUUGGACUUCCGGAUGCUGCUGACCUUGAUAUUUUCGAUGAAACUGACACAGCUGUCGAAGAAGACAUUUUUCUGGAGUUACUGGAGGCCCAACCAGACCUAUGCCUGACAAUACGUGAAAAGAUUUCAGAUGAAGCUCAUUCCACACCAUCCUCCUCGGAUACAUUAUCUUCCCUCACGGACACUAUAUCACUUUCAUCAAGUGACAGUGACCUCAGGGAAAAGGGCAUUCCUGCAGGCCGCAGUAGAUCCAGCAAAGACAGUUCUGCACCAAAUGUUUCUGUGUCAGAGGCUGCAAAAGAGAUGGUUAAAAAUGCCUUGACUAGGAAACCUGGUGGAGAGGAAAUUCUUGAAGAAUACAAUGCCGAAAAUUCACUGAGCCACCGCACCCGGCGGCAGCUUGUUAACAUAUUGGCAAGUGAUAUGACUGAGCGACAUGGCAGAAUUCCCUCCCGUAAGCAAAAGGAGAAAUAUGCCCUUGGAAUAAUUACACUCUUUCCCUCAUUGAAGGAUCCAUUUUCUCCAAACGGCUAUGUCAAUCAAGACUUCCUGCUGCUGUUUGGUGCUGAAACAGCCACCAAGUUGCUUGAGAAGUGGGACAUGUCAUUCAAGCCAAAGGUUAUUAAAGAAGCCAAACAGCUGACUCAGUCAACUGACCUGUGUCGUUUGAUAAAAGCUGCUGAGAAACCAACAGAGACUGGACGAAAGAGGAGAACCAAAAUAAGUCCAACUGAUGCAGCACACAAAAUGGUGCACUUUCACAAGUCAUGCUGCAGCAUUGAUGAACACUUGCAAGCAAGAGAUGGUAAACAACCAUACAUCCUCGCUGUUGGUCGAACCCAGAACAGCAUUGACACCUUCUACAUCGCAGUGGACAAACAGCUCAUCCCCUGCCAAGCCACCAGCUCACUCAGUGCUUUUGAUGAACUUUUCAAAUCCCACUACGUGUUCAACUUAUCUUACGACGAGUCACUGGUUCAUCUCUACAGUUUUGUGCAGACCACCAUAUUCAACAUUGAUGCCACCUCAACAGAUGAGUCACCACGUGUUCGUGAGUUGCGUGCCAAAAUGUUGAAUGAGAACCAUGUUUAA